CAGAGAACAUUUCGCGAUUUAUCUAGAUUUUGUAAGCACGUAUAGCCUGGCGCCGUCUGUCUGUCUGACUUCGACCAGCAAUCAACGAGCCCGCAGUGCAGAGUUCCCGGUGCAGGAAGACCAACAUAACAACAAGAACUUCCAUCGGGGUUGGGAUUUGUCUCUUCGUUUUCCCAGGCAGCAAAAUGAGUAAGAAAGUGGAGUGUGGCUCGAGUGCUCAGUAUGUUCGCCGCCCAUUUACUCGGCUUCAGCAGUGUGCCAUCGCUCAAGGUUUAUCGCAUCCUUCAAAGUCUAGUAAAUCUCCUCGGCAAGGACGGAUUUUUCCACUCACCGGAGAACCUUACUUCACACAUAUAUUCUCAUGCUCUGAUCUACUUAAUAACAAAAUAGUUAUUCCUAAGGGAUUUUACAAUCAUCUGCGGGAUAUUCUUAUCACAGCAAUCUUCUCUUGUGAAGGCAAGACAUGGGAGGUCAUGUACUUUGGAGAUCGAGUUUCUAAGUAUUUUGGAUCUGGACUGAACAAUUUUAUCUUUGAUAAUGAUAUACGUGAAGGAGAUGGAGUCGUGUUUGAAUUGAUACAUAAGAAGAAUUUGCAUUUCAGAGUGCAAAUUUUGCAUGUGGAUGUUCAUUUUCAUGCUAAAGAUGGCGAUGAUGGAGGCUCAACUGACAACCCUAUUUUGAUAGAUUAGAUCUUGGAUCAUGCUCAACAUCGACAGAUAAAUAUAAGAAAUCAUGCAAUGAUCAAUCAAAUGCAACUUUUGUUCUCCUCUUCUUUCUCUAGGUUAUGUUUUAAUCCAUGUGGGGAUGUUGCAUCCUUUUGUAUUACAAGUAUGAAUAUAUAUUACAUGAGAUUACUAGUUUUUGUUACAAAUGAGAUCUCAUUUUGGUUAUCUGAUCAGUGUAUUUGGCACCCCCGCAACUUCAAUAGGU